AUGCCAGCCGGUGGCAUGCAGCUCCGUGCGCUAUCGCAGAGCGCCGCUGCGAGGAAUAAGGUAGCCUACAUCGUCGGCGCCGCCCGAACGCCGAUCGGCUCCUUCCGCUCGAGCCUCGCGUCCGUCCCUGCUCCUCAGCUUGGUGCCGUCGCUAUCAAGGGAGCUCUGCAGCACGCCAAGCUGCCCGCUAGCGCAGUGCAAGAGGUUUUCCUCGGCCAGGUUUGCCAAGCGAACGUCGGACAAGCCCCGGCCAGGCAAGCGACACUUGGCGCUGGACUUGAGAAAUCGACGGCCGUGACGACUGUUAACAAGGUCUGCUCCUCCGGGCUGAAAGCGAUCAUCCUCGGCGCCCAACAGAUUCAGACCGGCCACCAGGAUGUUGUUGUCGCCGGCGGAAUGGAGAGCAUGUCGCUGGUCCCCUACUACGUGCCACGAGGCGAAAUCCCCUACGGAGGGCUGCAAAUGAUUGACGGUAUUGUGAAAGACGGGCUGACGGACGCGUACAACCACUGCCACAUGGGCAACUGCGGCGAGAAGACGUCAAAGGAACGUCAAAUCACGCGUGAGGAUCAAGACGACUACGCCAUUGGCAGCUACAAGAAGAGCGCCGAGGCUUGGAAGAACGGCAGCAUCUCCUCCGAAGUCGUCCCCGUCGAAAUCAAGGGCAAAAAGGGCACCGUUGUCGUCGACAAGGACGAAGAGUUCAGCAAGGUCAACUUUGACAAGUUUAAGGGCCUGCGUACAGUCUUCCAGAAAGACGGCACUAUCACUGCCGCCAAUGCCUCCACGCUCAAUGAUGGCGCCGCUUCGGUGGUCAUCGUCUCAGAGGACGCCCUGAAGAAGCACAAUCUGAAGCCGCUAGCCAAGAUCCUUUCCUACGGCGACGCGGCUCGCGAUCCCCUCGAUUUUGCCAUCGCCCCACCACUUCUCGUCCCAAAACUGCUGAAGAAUGCAGGGCUCUCGCUGAACGACAUCGACCACUGGGAGGUUAAUGAAGCCUUCUCCGUCGUGGUGCUCGCCUUCAUCAAGGAACUCGGACUAGACCCUGCCAAGGUAAACCCGCAUGGUGGCGCCGUCUCGCUUGGUCAUCCAAUUGGAAUGUCUGGAGCCCGGCUGAUCGUCCACAUGACGCACGCCCUCAAGUCCGACCAAAAGGGCUUUGCCGCGAUCUGCAACGGCGGCGGCGGCUCCUCCGGCAUGGUCAUCCAAAUGAUC